UUGCAUCAAAUCAAAUUAGUGAAAAUGAAGCAACUCAAAAAUUUGCUUAUUACCUUGGUAAUUUUAGCAAUAUCCAUUCAAGGAAUUGUUAGUGAAGAAGAAAAUAAAGAAAAUUCAGUGGAAAAUGGUUCAAACAAACCGUUUGAUGAUAAAGAAAAAGCCAACAUUGAAGGUGCUGAAGACGAAGAGGUUGAUGGUGAUGAUUCUGAUGUAAAUGCAAAACGUCUCCAUAGUCGUGGAGCAUUUUUCGGCGGAGUUGGUUCUUUUAGUAAUGAUGGCCAAGGUAAUUCUGAAUUUAGAGAUAUGGUGAUUGAUCUUAUCAAUCAAGUUGAAAGUUAUAUACAACAGGGUCCAAAUGGUCGAGGAUUUCAAGGAAUGAAUCAAGGAGGGCCAGGAGGUUUUAGAUAUCCAGGAAUGAACCCCGGAGGACCAGGCUUCCAAGGAAAUCAAAAUUGGCAAGGAGGACAAGGUUGGCAAGGAGGACCAGGUUGGCAAGGAAGACAAGGUUGGCAAAGAGGACAAGAUUGGCAAGGGCAACAAGGUUGGCAAGGGCAAGGUUGGCAAGGACAACAAGGAGGUUUUCCAGGAAAUCAAGGUUGGCAAGGAGGAAAUAAUGCUCUCCCAGGAGGAAACAAUCAAAAUGGAUUCCAACAAAACAAUCCAUGGGGAUUCCCUGGAAAUGGCCAGUGGGGAAACAACCAAGGAAACAAUCCAAAUGGUUUUCCUAACCAAUGGGGAAACAAUCCAGGAAAUAAUCAACAGGGAAACAAUCCAGGCAAUAACCAACGGGGAAACAAUCCAGGAAAUAACCAAAAUGGAAGCUUAGGUGGUCAAUUAAAUGGUAACCAACGUUUUCCAGCAACUGGUUUUGUACCAAAUGGUAAUGGUAACUUUGGACAAGGAUCAAGUAAUGGUCAACAAAACCCCGGUUUUAAUAAUCAAGGACAAGGGACUAUUGGAAAUGGACGUUAUUAAAUUGAUUGUAUUUAUGGGAAAUAUCUUGAAAAAAAUUUCUACGAACUUUAGAAAAUUGAAUAUUUUCAAU